AAUGCAUAUUUUAUUAUUAUAUAAUUAUUCUCUCUUUAAUUUCCUUUCAUGAUAUAGAAGCUCAUUCUCCCAAUUGAGAUUUCGUUAUCGUCAAAGUUAAGCUUUCGAUACCCUAUUACUAUUUUCUUUUUCUUUUUCUUUUUCUUCGUUCUUUCACCACAAAGAACAUGACAACUAGUUUUAAAUAUUGCCUCAUAAUCUUCAUUUGGUUAAUUAUCCACCUACAUUGUAUCAUUGCUACAAGCUCCAUGAAUAUGAUUAUGGAUACAAAAUUGUUUGCUUAUUCUUCUGAUCAUCAAAGAAAUGAAGAUACAGAAGUGACAACAAAUCUCAGAUCAUGGAGAGGUCAAAGCAACCUGCGUCAUCCUCAUCUAAGAAACGCUUAUGAGAUCCUAAUAAUCAUAGGAUGGGGAACUCUACUGCCUGUUGGGGUAAUAAUAGCAAGGUAUUUUAGUAAAUUUCCCAUUCAAUGGAAUGAAUGGUAUUCAUAUCACAUAAUGUGUCAAAGCGCCGGAUAUGUUUUCGGGUCAUUGGGAUGGCUUAUUGGAAUAUUGGUAGGGCAUAAUCACGAGCUUAAAUCACAUCAAAUUCUUGGUAUCAUUAUUUUUACCCUCACAACUGUACAGAUGGUUGCCAUUUUUUGGCAGCCGAAGAGAGAAGAGGAGUAUGAUCAUUGUUGCCGGAAAAGCUGGGAGAUUUAUCAUCGGCUUAUGGGUUAUGUGUUAAUAGGUCUAAUAAUAGCAGAUAUAUUUAUAGGGAUCAUUAAUCAAAAUCAAUCUACCAAAUGGAAAUGGAGUUAUGUAGCAAUACUAGUAAUUUUGGCUCUUACUUCUGUGUCACUGGAAAUUUACAGAUGGGUUAAAUCUAAAAUUAUUCAACAGGCUGUUGAAUUGAAUAGCGAAAUGUAUACUUCUACAUGAUCUUUAUUUCCAUAUUCAAUUUUCGCACUUUAAUUUUUUUAACAGCUCUUUUUUCUCCAUUUUGGAAGACUUUAUC